AUGGAAAUCUACCCCGACGCCAAGGCCAUCUGCACCGUUCGCGACCCGGUCGCGUGGGAGAAGAGCAUGGCGCAACUGGAAGGUCUGGUGCGAUCGUCGUGGUUUCUGCGCGCCAUAAUGCUGCCGAUUCCUGGAAUGAGGCAUUUUAUGGAUUAUCUGGCGUUGGUUGCUUUGCAAUGGCGGCGGAUAUAUGGGAGGAAUGGGGGUCCGGGUGGUGCCUAUCAUAAGCAUAUUGAGUGGUUGAAGGAGGUGGUUCCAGAGGAGAGGUUGGUGUUUGUUGAUGUUAGGGAUGGGUGGGAGCCGUUGUGCAGGGCGCUGGGGAUGGAGGUGCCGAAGGAUAUACCGUUUCCGAGGGUUAAUGAUUCCGAGGCGAUCACUCGGACAGUAAGACGGCAUGUUCGUCGUGGGUUGAUUCGGUGGGUGGGUAUAUUUGCUGUGGUUGGUGUUAUGUCUUUUGGGGUGUAUUUUCUGCGCAGGUGA